AUGGCUGACGCUGAGAAUGGAAGUGGCGGCAAAGUGCCACUCAAACGAGUGUGGUACCGCACCUCCCUUUUCAAUGCCUGCGUGAUUGGUGCUGUUGGCUUUCUCGCCCCCGGGCUAUGGAACGCCAUGAACUCCCUGGGAGCCGGAGGCGAAGAGAAACCUUUUCUGGUGAAUGCCGCCAACGCACUGGUUUUCGGGCUCAUGGGCAUUUUCUGCAUCUUCGGCGCGCCCAUCGCCAACCGGAUUGGACUGAAAUGGGCCCUUCUCCUCGGCGCCGCCGGCUACCCCGUCUACGCAGCCGGUCUCUACACCAACAACCGGUUCGGCAACGUCUGGCUAGUUCUGGUCGGUGCCGUCGCAUGUGGCAUUUCAGCCGGUCUCUUCUGGGCCAGUGAAGGCGCCAUCGCAAUCGGAUACCCUGAACCAUCGAAACGAGCCCGAUACCUCAACAUCUGGGUCUGGUGGCGCACCCUCGGACCCAUCAUCGGGAACUCGAUUGUCCUGGCCCUCAACAUUAAAAACAAAGACAAAGGAAGCGUGGGAUACUCCACCUACAUUGUCUUCAUCGUGCUACAAUGUCUCGCCGUCCCCGUCGCUUUACUCCUCACCCCGCCCAACAAAGUCCAACGCGCCGAUGGCUCCCCGGUCAUCCUUCGGGUCGAGGACUCGUGGAAAGCGGAAUUCCAAGCCCUCUGGAAAACAUGCAAAAACCGCACCGUCAUCCUUCUUCUCCCUGUUUUCUGGGCCGUCUACUUCAAUGAGUACUCGAGUAACUUCGAAACGUACUAUUUUGGGGUCCGAGCUCGUGCGCUCAUCGCUUUCCUCUCCGACUGGGUCACCAUCCUUGCUUCGCAAAUCAUUUCUCACUGGCUGGAUUGGAAGCGUAUCGACGCUAAGAAACGUCUCACGUACGGCUGGUAUUGGGUCAUCAUUGUGCAUGUGACGGCGUGGAUUCUUGGCUGGGUUGUGCAGGAGCAAUAUACAUCAGCCCAUAAAAAGAACCCUGAUCUGGGGACGAUGGAUUACACUAGUCCGGGGUUCACUAAGGGCGCGUUUGUCCUCUUCAUGUGGACUUUUGCGCAGCAGACGGGCCAGAAUUGGUUGUAUUAUUUGGUCGGAAGCAUGACUGAUAAUAUCGCCGAGUUGACCAGGUUGACGGGUGUGUUGCGCGGUCAGGAGAGUUUUGGUGAGGCGAUUUCUUACGGAUUAAAUACGAGGGAUUGGUAUGGUGGACGGGUGCCGAUGGCUGUGAAUACUAUUUUGCUGGGCUUGUGUGUUAUUCCGACAUGGAUAGUUGUGAAGAAUCACGACAUGGAAUCCACAGGCGAAAGCGAGUUGGAGGUGGAUCGACGCCCAGUUGUGGAUGAGAAGGGGGUGGUUGAUUUGGAGGUGAAGGAAACGGGAGUUCAUUGA